CAGGGCUACUCUCGGGAAUGCUAUGUGCCCCCUCCGGGAGCCCACGCUCCAGCGCUGCUCCACCUCGCCCGCUCCCCACCUACUUUUCCAUGACCCUGGGCUGCGGCCGCUGCCCCGCUGUCCUCCGCAAUGUUCCCUAGCCCUGUGACCACCACCCCCUUCUCGGUGAAGGACAUUCUGAACCUGGAGCAGCAGCAGCAGCAGGGCGGCCUGGGCCCCAUGGAGCUGCCGCUGGCCUCCCCGUCCUGCAUGCUGGCCACCUUCAAGCAGGAGGCGUUCGCCACCGAGCCCCCGGCCCUGCCCGACCUGCGGGAGGAGCUGCCCGAGCCGCCCCCCGCCAAAACCGCGGCCGCCUUCCCCGGCUCCUACUACGUGAAAAGCUACGUGGAGAUGGACUCGGCCAAGGAGGCCAAGGCGGACAAGAAAGAGCUGUGUUCCCUACACAAGAGCCUGGAGCAGGAGAAAAGAGACCUGGAAGAUCCCGAACGCCCCAGACAGAGGAAAAGGAGGAAACCUCGCGUCCUCUUUUCUCAGGCCCAAGUGUACGAACUGGAGAGAAGGUUCAAGCAGCAGAAAUACCUCUCGGCCCCGGAGAGGGACCACCUAGCGAACGUCCUAAAGCUCACCUCCACGCAGGUGAAAAUUUGGUUCCAGAACCGAAGGUACAAAUGCAAAAGGCAGAGACAGGACCAGACGCUGGAGAUGGUGGGGAUCCCUCCCCCGCGGCGGAUCGCGGUGCCGGUGCUGGUGCGCGAUGGGAAGCCCUGCCUGGGGGAAUCCUCGCCCUACAGCUCGCCCUACAAUGUCAGCAUCAACCCCUACAGCUACAACGCCUACCCCGCGUACACCAACUACAACAGCCCCGCCUGCAACGCCAACUACAACUGCAGCUACCCCUCCAUGCAGCCCAUGCAGCCCUCGGCGCCCGCAAACAACUUCAUGAACUUCGGCGUGGGGGACUUGAAUUCGGUGCAGGCGCCCAUCCCGCAGGGCAACGCGGGCAUCUCCAGCUUGCACGGGAUCCGAGCCUGGUAGAGCCGCCCGCAGCCGGCCGGGCUCGGGACAUUUCCAGGCUGCGGGGGCUCAGCGGAGCAUCCCGGCGGAUCUCACCGGGGUGGUGGCCACGCACGGGGCGGGCUUCGGGAUUUUCGUGCGGGGCCAGGCAGGCACAUGCGGGGGGAUGCCCGCAUUUCUCGGCCUCUCUCGCUCCCCACCAGGGUCUUCACCCUGUUAAUUCCCCUCCUUCCUUCCGACAAACCAGCCAAGUAAAUUUCGAGUGACUUGAUCCCGACAACACCCAGCCAAGCCCUGCAACUCUCUCUCCUUUUUUUUUUUUUUUUUAAUUUACUCUAUACUAAUUAUUAUUGACAUUCACAUUUAAUUUUUGCACUUCCCGUGCGGUCCCCGCUGUUCGGUCAGUUCGGCAUCUCGGCACCCCCAGGCGCCCCUUGCGAGGCUGCCGCUGCCGGCCUGCGCAGGGGUGAGGACAGACAGACAGACAGACAGACAGACAGACUGCCACCCCGGCCCGGCCGAGGGGCACAGACACCCGGCCCGCCGGGUCCUGUAGGGUUCUGCA